UUCUUCAAACAGGAAUCAUUUAAAGGGGUCUUUUUCUGUGAAAAACUGAAGGAAGACUCUGUUUCCUCCUCUUAGUCUCAUUGAUCUUACAUGGCAUGCAUUUAGUGAUCCUGCAUCUCAUGAUUUUCUUAUGAUUUCUUUGGCUGAAAUGUGGAAAUUGGAAUUGAUAUGUACCAACCACCACCUGAUAAUAAUAUCAACCGGUGCAUCUCUCCCAGAACUCCACACUCAAUCUCGCCACAUUUAUUGAUGUACGAGAAAGGAGAAGUUCCAGCCUUUCAUGCGUGUCCUUGCCAAGUUUCUUCCACCUAUGUAUACUACUUUCCGAGUGACAACUGACGAUUGCUGUUUUCGGUGCUAUAAAAAGGAGCAUCCAUCCAUCGGUAUUCGGUAAGGCAGCUUCAGGGCAGCAGAAUGGCAGGCUUCAUCACAGAAGCAGAGCAGGAGAAGCUGCCUCUUCUUCCUCUCCUUCAUGGCACCCCUUCACAGUCACAGGAUCAUCACGGCCCCUACACUGGCGACGGAUCCGUCGAUUUCAAGGGAGCUCCGGCGCCCCGAGAGCGUUCAGGGAAAUGGCGAGCCUGCUGCUCCAUUCUUGGCGGUGAAUUCUGCGGCGCUCUGGCGUACUACGCGGUGGGGACGAACCUCGUGAGCUACCUGACCAAGGUGCAGCACCGGAGCAACGUGUCGGCGGCGAGCAGCAUUGCUUCUUGGCAGGGCACCUGCUACCUCGCCUCUCCGCUCGGAGCCUUCUUGGCAGACUCCUAUUGGGGGAGACACCGGACAAUCGUCGUCUCCCUCACCAUCUUCACCUUUGGAAUGGUUCUGCUGACGCUUUCUGCAGUGGCUCCGGAGAUUGCAGAUUCCGUGGUGAUAAUCUCUCCUCGGGACACCCUGUCCUCUCUAGGCCUUUACAUGACGGCUCUGGGCUUGGGUGGUAUCUGGCCUUGCGUGCCGACGUUUGGGGCUGACCAAUUCGACGACACCGACGCCGCGGAGAAGACUCACAAGGAGCGCUACUACAACUGGUACUACUUCGCUGUCAACGGCGGCUUCUUCUUCGCCAGCACCGUCAUGGUGUGGAUCCAGGACAACUUGGGCUGGGGAUUGGGUUUUGGGAUCCCUACACUGUUCUCGGCGGCUGGCAUUGCCGGUUUUCUCGCUAGCACGAAAAUUUACAGGUACCAGAGGCCCGGAGGAAGCGCGCUUACCAGGGCUUGCCAGGUUGCCGUUGCGGCUAUCCGGAAGAUUCAUGUUCAUGUGCCGGUUGAGAGCUCUCUUCUCUAUGAGAUUCCUGGGAAAGAGUCUGCCAUUGCAGGCAGCCGGAAGCUGAUGCACACGGAUGGGUUGAUGUUUUUUGAUCGAGCUGCUACUAUCACUUACUCUGAUAAAACAUCUGCUGAUAACCUACUGAACCCCUGGAAGCUUUGCACGGUGACACAAGUGGAGGAGCUGAAGAUCCUGGCAAGAAUGCUGCCUGUCGUAGUGACAGCCAUAAUCUUCAACACCGCCGAAGCUUCGUUCCCGCUUUUCGUCGAACAAGGCAGCGUCAUGGACAACCGGAUCAAUGGUUUCGAUGUACCCCCGGCCUCCUUAAUGACAUUCAACUGCAUCUGCAUCCUUUUGUUGGCACCGACCUACAACAGGGUCCUUAUGCCGAUGGUGAGCAGGAUCACCGGCAUCAAGCGAGGCAUCUCUGAGCUCCACCGCAUCGGCAUUGGCAUGUUCUUUGCGAUGCUUUCCAUGGUAAUGGCUGCAUUGGUGGAGAAUGCGCGUCUCCGCAUCGCCGAAAACAGAGGUUUGGUGCACCAGAAUGUCGUGGUCCCGAUGAACAUCCUAUGGCAAGCGCCGCAGUACAUCUUGGUGGGGGUGGCGAAGGUGUUCAGCGUGGUGGGUUUCAUCGAGUUCGCCUAUGAGCAGUCUCCUGAUGCCAUGAGAAGCAUGUGCCAGGCUUGUGCUCUCAUCAUGGUCACACUGGGGAGCUAUCUUGUCUCCAUGAUUCUAAAGAUCGUCGGUUCGGUGACGGUGAAAGGAGGGAGCCAUUACUGGAUACCGGAGAACCUUAAUGAAGGGCAUCUUGAUCGAUUCUUCUGGUUAAUGGCAGGAUUACAGUUCCUGAACCUGCUUGCGUUCGUGUAUUCCGCCACUAGGUUCAAGCGUAAAGUAGCUACUUAAGCCUUAUUGUUUCUUAUCAUAUGAGGUGUGUAUGUUAUGUGUGUUACAUGAGACGUGAACAUCAAGUCUGGAACCUCGGUCAUAUUAAUCAUGCAAUCUAUGUGUACGGUGGUGAUUUCUUUGUCAAACUCCGCCUUAAAAACA